AUGUACUAUCCUGCAUCAAUCGUAGCACACGGCAGAAGCUAUCAAAUCGAGGGGAGAGCUUCCCUUGUCCCUUUCCUCGGCGGCUUACUAGAAUACUUCAUCGAGUUAACCGCAAUGAUGAGACGUCUUUCGACAGUGUUCAAGACUAAGGACAAGGAGAACACCAAAUCUUCACCCACAACUGCCGAAAAUGGGGCGACUUCCUCGAGCCCAACGGGACGUCGUUUGACGAUGGGUGUGUCUAAAAAGUCCAACAGUGGUGCUGCAAGCUCUAAUCCCCAAGCAUUUGACGGUCCCGAUCAUAGUGUAAAACGCGCUGGUAUUGUGGGAACUCUUGAAUCACUUGGGAAAGUCAUCAGCACAGCCAACCGUCCUUUAAAUACCGAAACUGGAGAUGGCUCCUAUGACACAAAACAGGAACAGACGGGUUUAUUGGAUGAUCUCAAAUCAUUAAGAAUCAAGGAUUUGGAAACAUUGCAGUUGACCAUGAAGCAAGAAUUGGGAACCUCAAAAUUGACGGACGACAAGAGCAUGCUAAUGGAAAGGCUCAUCCAGUUGGUUGCAAAUCUUCCUGGAACUUCCAAGACUCGGGUCAAGCUUACCGAAGUACUGGUUGAUGAAUUAUGGGGCUCUUUGGAACAUCCACCAGCUUCAAUGCUUGGUGACAAGUACAAUUAUCGACAAGCUGAUGGCUCAUAUAAUAACAUCAGGUUUCCCGAUAUUGGAAAAGCAGGUACAGCUUACGCCCGAAGUGUCACUCCCAAGAUCGUUCAGCCAAACCCAAAACCAGAUCCGGGUCUUAUAUUCGACACGAUCAUGAGUCGAGAGAAUGGUGGUUUCAAGCCUCAUCCAAACAAUGUCUCCAGUAUGCUUUACUACAUUGCAAGUAUUAUCAUUCAUGACUGCUUUCGCACGUCACACGAAGAUUUUAAUGUUUCAAUGACCUCCUCUUAUUUGGAUCUUUCUCCUUUAUAUGGAAGCAACCAGGAUGAGCAGAAUAAUAUGCGAACUCUUAAGGAUGGAGAGCUUAAGCCGGAUUGUUUCUCCGAAAAGAGAUUAUUAGGCUUCCCUCCAGGAGUUGGAUGCAUCCUUAUCAUGUUCAACCGUUUUCAUAACUAUGUGGUCAAACAAUUGGCAACAAUCAAUGAGAAUGGACGCUUUACACCCCCCAAGGAUAAUCUACCUGAGGAUAAAAAGCAAGCAGCCUGGAAGAAAUACGACAAUGACCUCUUCCAGACUGGACGUCUUAUUACUUGCGGCCUCUACAUCAACAUUAUUCUGCUCGAUUAUCUACGCACAAUUGUUGGAUUGAAUAGGGUCAAUUCUACCUGGACUCUCGAUCCUCGUAUCGAAAUGGAAAGAAAUAGCAAGCCGGGAACCGUUGCUGGAGUCGGUAAUCAAUGUGCUGCUGAAUUCAAUCUCGUAUACCGAUGGCAUUCCUGCAUUAGUCAACGCGACGAGAAGUGGUCCGAAGAUUUGUACAUGAAAAUCUUUGGGAAGAGCCACAAGGAAGUUUCUAUGCAGGAACUCCUCAUUGGCUUGGGUAAGCUUGAAGCAAUGACUCCAGACGAUCCUCUACAAAGAGACUUUGCUGGUAUGAAGAGAGGUAGCGAUGGGAAGCUCAGUGAUGAUGAUCUCGUUAAGGAAUUGACUGCGAGCAUCGAAGAUUUGGCUGGGUCAUCAGGAGCGAAUAACGUUCCUGCAGUACUUCGUGCUGUUGAAAUCCUCGGGAUGGAGCAAGCUCGUGCAUGGAAGUGUGCAACUCUAAACGAAUUCCGGAAACACUUUGGUCUCAUACCACAUGAAAAGUUCUCAGAUAUCAACUCGGAUCCAGCGGUCUAUGAGAAAUUGAAGGUUAUAUACGAUGAUCCAGAUUUGGUCGAACUUUACGCUGGAUUGGUUUGUGAGGAUGCUAAGAAGCCGAUGGAUCCAGGUGUUGGUAUCGGACCAACCUACACAAUCAGUCGAAGUAUUCUUUCUGACGCAGUGACACUGGUUCGUGGAGACAGAUUUUAUACUACCGACUAUCAUGCAGCAAAUCUCACGAACUGGGGAAUUACUGAAGUCGAUUAUGAUUUGAACGUCAACCAAGGCUGCGUAUUUUACAAACUAUUCAUUCGAGCUUUCCCCAAUCACUUCUCAUUUAACAGUAUCUAUGCUCAUUACCCUCUAACAAUCCCGACGGAAAACAAGAAGAUCAUGGAGAAACUUGGUCGCGUAGAUGACUAUAGCUGGGAGAAACCAACAAGGAUUCCCGAGAGAAAGAAUGUUGUCACUUAUGAUGGAGUCAAGAGUGUUCUCACUAAUGGAGAAGUAUUUGGUGUUGACAACUGGCGCAGAGGUCUCGCUUUUCUCAUGGGAAAACCAGGGGCCAAUUUUAUGUUGGCUGGUGAUGGCGAGUUCUUUGCCGAGCGACGCAACCAAAUGAAGGAAUGCCUCUACCAAGAUAAAUGGCAAGAAAGUGUGAAGAACUAUUACGAAAGUAUUGUCCCAAAACUUCUCAAGAGAUGGUCUUAUAAUAUUGGAGGCACAACUAACCAGGUUGAUGUCAUUCGCGAUAUUGAUAAUUCCGCUCAUGUUUACUUUGCCUCGAACAUCUUCCACCUUCCCCUCAAAAGUGAAGAGAAUCCUAAAGGCGUAUAUACCGAGCAUGAGUUGUAUAUGGUUUUAGCCGUUAUCUUCAUUGUAAUAUUUUUCGGUGAUGUCGAUCCAGCGAAAACCUUCUCAUUACGUGCCGCUGGUCUUCCAGUUACACAAGAUCUCGGUCAACUAGUCGAGCAGAAUGUGAACUUUAUUUCAAAGACAAGCCUCGUAUCAGGUAUUGUUGAUAAUUUCAUGCAGGAAAAUAAUGCCCUCAAAGAUUAUGGUGUACACAUGGUGCGCCAUUUGUUGAAGGCUGGUUUGGGUGUUCAUGAGACUGUAUGGUCACAAAUUUUGCCUACAGCAGGAGCCAUGGUGGCGAACCAAGCACAAGUUUUUGGUCAAGUACUCGACUAUUAUCUUGGUGAUGGAAAGGAGCAUCUUCCAGAAAUUAAUCGUCUUGCGAAGCUCAAUACGCCUGAAGCAGAUGAUAUCCUCUUACAUUACCUUCUGGAAGGAAUCAGAAUGAACGGCACAUUUGGUGCUUAUCGCACAUGUCAUCAAAAUAUCACCAUCAACGACGGAUCACGAAAAGUCGAAUGCAAGCCCGGUGACUCUGUCUUCACAAGUUUUGUCUCCCUAGCCCAAGAUCCCAAAAUCUACCCCGAACCCAAGAAAGUCCGUCUAGACCGACCAAUCGACUCUUACCUCGUCUACGGCGUCGGUCCACACGCUUGUCUCGGUGGCGACGCUUCACGCGUCGCUCUCACCGCUAUGCUCAAAUGUAUCGGACGACUCGACAAUCUUCGCAGAGCACCAGGUCCUCAGGGUGAAAUGAAGAAAAUCCCUCGAGAAGGUGGUUUUUAUGUUUACAUGGAUAAGAUGAUGGGCUCGGAAUUCCCAUUCCCGACUACUAUGAAGAUUUGUUGGGAUGGGGGGUUGAAUGAACCGGAGGCAGUGGGGGAUAAGGGGAAGGGGAAGAAGAUGGGUCUUUGA